AUGUCCUUGUUGAAAUCAGCUCAAUCAUUAAAGCCUUUGUUUGACCGUGUGUUGGUCCAAAGAUUAAAGCCAGCUACCAAGACCGCAUCUGGUAUCUAUAUCCCAGAAAAGAACCAAGAAAAGUUAAACCAAGCCACUGUUAUUGCAUCUGGUCCAGGUAUCACUAACACCACUACUGGACAAGUAAUUCCAACUUCAGUUAAGGCCGGUGACAAGGUUCUUUUACCUUCCUUCGGUGGUAACCCAGUGAAGGUUGGUGACGAAGAAUACUUCUUAUACACCGACAAGGAAAUCUUGGCCAAGAUUGAAGAGUAA